AUGAACACCAUCCGCCAAGUUCAAGCGCUGAACAAGCGCGAGCUCGAGGCCGUCGUCAGCCCAGAGGCAUCCUGGCACGCCGACUACCGGGACACAGCCUACAUCUACAUUGGCGGCUUGCCCUUCGAUCUCUCAGAAGGCGACAUCAUCACCAUUUUUUCGCAGUUCGGCGAGCCUGUCUUUGUCAACCUGGUGCGGGACAAGGAAACAGGGAAGAGCAAGGGCUUCGCCUUCCUCAAAUACGAGGACCAGAGGAGCUGCGACCUGGCCGUCGACAACUUGGGGGGUGCGACGGUGAUGGGACGGAUAUUGAGGGUGGACCACACAAGGUACAAGAAGAAGGACGAUGAGGAUCUGGGCGACAACACACAAGGUGGGACUGUGAACGGGGACGAGGAAGACAGCCGGAGAAAGAGGAGAUCGGACGAUGUGGAGAGCGAGAGCGAAGAAGAACAGAGACCCUCGCUCAAGGAAGAGCGGGAACUAGCAGAGCUUAUGCGCAACCAUGAUGACGACGACCCGAUGAAGGCAUACUUGAUCGAGCAGAAGAAGGAGGAGGUGCAAGUGGCAUUACAGGCCAUCAAGAGGAGGGAUCAUAAGCGGAAGGACGACAAGCACGGGAAACACCGCCACAAGCACAAGAUCAGAUCAGAUUCGAGAGAGCACCAUCGGUGCCGGCGACGUUCGCACUCUAGCGCUGCAUCGGAUGACCGGAAACGCUCGAGGUCUCGCGACAGAAGGCACCGUGAGAGAUCGCGAUCUCGGGAUAGAGACCGGCGUCACAAGCGGUCAGCGAGUCCGGCCAGGUCUCGUAGGAGAUGA